CAUAAAUAGUGUUUUGCAUGGAAGUGAGAGACAUUGUGUGAAUCAACUUAGGAUGAAGCCUAUAGCUUUCCACCACUUAUGUCACGCCCUCACUGAGGGGGAGCACGUACGUCCGACUGUUCACAUGUCUGUUACGGAGCAAGUGUUCAUUUUCUUGCACAUUAUUGGUCAUAAUGUGAGGUUUCGUGUAAUGGGUGGUCGGAUCUAUAGAUCAACUGAGACUGUUCAUAGAUACUUCAAAGUUGUCCUUAGGGGGGUCCUGAAAUUAUAUAGAGCUCUAAUAAGACUGCGUAGCGAAGAUACACCUCCAGAGAUAAGGAAUAGCAGAAGGUUUUACCCAUAUUUUAAGGAUUGUGUUGGAGCAAUAGAUGGUACACAUGUUCGUGCAUCUGUGCCACCUGAAAUACAAGGAAGAUUUCGUGGUCGCAAAGAUGGAACCACGCAAAAUGUGUUAGCUGCCAUUAGUUUCGACUUAAAGUUCACUUAUGUGUUGGCUGGAUGGGAAGGCAGUGCACAUGAUUCACGUGUAUUAAAUGAUGCAUUUGCUAGGCCAGGGGGAUUUUCAAUUCCCAAUGGUAUUACACGAUUACUUCACCCUUUUGGUUUGUUAGUUUAAUAAAUAUUAUGUGUUUUCCUAAACAUAGUAGUGAUUUGGUUUUUUUUUUAAUAUAUGUAGGUAAAUUUUAUCUUGGUGAUGUUGGGUAUGGUAAUAAAAAUGGAAUAUUGUCACCGUAUCGGAGUGUACGAUAUCACUUGAAAGAGUUUAGUGAUCGUCCUCCUGAGAAUGCGCAAGAAUUGUUCAAUCUCCGACACUCUUCAUUGAGAACUACCAUUGAGCGAGGGUUUGGAGUGGUGAAAAAACGUUUUCGAGUGUUGGAUGCAGAACCAUAUUGGUCUUUCCCAACCCAAGUGAAAGUAGUGUUAGCGUGUUGUGUGGUUCAUAAUCACAUUAUGGGGGUUGAACCAAAUGACCAUAUUAUGGAAGAUGCAAUGAACCAAGUAGAGCUUAGUGACCACCAAGAAGAAACACAGUCUCGUCGGGAGUCCGUCGAAGAUAGUAGAUCAUGGAAUGCUAAGAGAGAUGAGAUAUGUCAAGCCAUGUGGUCUGAUUAUAUCAGGAGUGGAGAGUAGUACUUUAUUUAGAUUUUUAUGAUUGUAAUGUGUUUUUUCUUUUUGUUUUUUUUUUAAAGACAAUGUAUGUAAUAUAGAC